CCGACUCAACAACAGGGCCGCAGAGCGCCGGUAGCCGUUCCCGCCUCACAAUCUACUGCCGGCAAUAGAAGGGGUGGACAGCCGUCGAGUUCCCCGACUCUAUCGCGCGGAGGACCGCAACCGCCGCCGCCCGCCGACGAUGAGGACGAGGACACCGACGCGAACGGAGACAUACGCUUUGUGUGUCCCAAAGCGGACGGCCUGUUCCCGGACCCCAAUAGUUGUCGCAAAUUCAUGCUCUGCGGGUCGUGGAAGGCGUGGUCCCAGACGUGUCCUCCGAGUCUCUACUUCGACGGCAAACUCAAGUACUGUACGUUCAAAACACCUCAACUCAAGUGCGGUGCCGUCAGCGAAGAGGAGACCGAGAAAGAGGAACUGGAGAGGAAUCAGGACAAACUGCCCACUUGUGACCCCAACCAAUGCCAACUUCCCAAUUGUUUUUGCUCAGAGGAGGGCACAUCCAUACCCGGCGGCCUAAACCCCAGCGAAACCCCGCAAAUGGUUUUAAUCAACUUUAGCGGCGCUCUCAAUGAGCUGGUGUUUGAACUCUACAAAAAGGCUCUGGGUUAUACCUCAAAGUUCAACGCGCAUCAAACUAGACAUAACCCGAACGGGUGUGGCAUCAGAGCCACGUUCUUCAUAAACCACGAGUACUCCAAUUACGCCCAAAUCCAGUGGUUGGCGGCUCAGGGACACGAGAUAGCCAUGCACUCCAUUACUCAUCGUUUGCCGGAAAUCUGGUGGACAGACACCGCUAACUAUAGCGAUUGGGCCGAAGAGAUCAUUGGGAUCCGCGAAAUAAUUUUGGCCAACUCUGCCGGUUCGUCGUCUAACCCGGCCGUCACCAGAGAGACUUUGGUCGGCAUGAGAGCCCCAUAUAUUAAGCCAGGUGGUGACAAUAUGUUUGAGAUGGCCAGCGAUUUCGGACUCGUGUACGACUCGAGUGUUGUGGCCCCGCGUGGGCCGACCCCCAUCUGGCCCUUCACGUGGGACUACAGACAGCCCUUCGACUGCUCUAACAAUAAGAAGGCCGACGAGGAGAAGAAGAGCGUCGACGGCGACGACAUUCUCGGCACUAAUACUCGCCCCCAGAGUAGGGGUCGCCAGAAGAGGAGCGCUAAACAAGUGAAGACAACACACAAGAAGACGACGACAUUCGGCGAGAAGAAGGCAAAUGAAAAGCCCAUUAAUCGGAAGCAAAGGGUUCGCCGUUCGUUUUUGGGCCGACCCCUCAAGUGCGCCACCAAAGCAUACCCGGGUCUUUGGGAGAUACCGAUAAACCCGCUCUGGAAUGAGUACAAUACGUGCCAUCACGCGGAUCAGUGUGUAUUCCCCCACUCGUCAGAUGCCGACGAUAUCAACGAUAUCACCGAAUUUCUUAAGGAGAACUUCGAGCGCCAUUACUCCACAAAUCGGGCGCCUUUCCAGUUGAACUUCCACGUGACCUGGUUCACUCAGAAGGGUCACAUCAAAGCUCUCAACAAAUUCUUCGACUACUUAGCGACACUAAAGGACGUCUGGUUUGUGACAUAUCAACAGUUGGUGUCGUGGAUGAGAGACCCGAAACGGAUCAGUGAAGUGAACUUCAAGUGCGAGAACGCCACGGCCGCCACCUGUACCCGACCCCACACUUGUGUAGUGAAGCACUAUCUCGACAAAGACAAUACGGCCGCCACGGAAGACAAUUACAAUAAGGCCGACACCAGGUAUAUGCCGGUGUGUCACUCGAGUACCUGUCCUCAACAGUACCAGUGGUUCGGAAACCACGCGGGAAAGAAACACCACUUCAAGACUAUUAUGCAAUUAGUCGACGACGCUGUCGGACCCGAAGCCCCAACUAAUUAGACAC